UAGUAUUUUCAGUUUGUUUAUUUUGUUCACCCUUCAAGACAAGAAGUAAAAGAAGUAUAAUUUCUGUAGUAACCAAUGCUAUGAAAACACUGAAGACUGCUUAUUUCUUUAAAAAGACCCAUCUUACCACUACCAAAUUCAGUAAGAAGCCCAAGCACUACACUAUUUCAGGCUUUAUUUUAAAGGCAAGUGAGACUGCUUCAAAUAAAACAACUCCAAGCUUCCAAGAAACAGUUAAGAGAAGGCAGAGACGAGCAGGAACACUCCUUCACCAACACUCACACAGUUGCCAUGGACCUGCAUAAGCAGUGGGAGAACACAGAAACUAACUGGCACAAGGAAAAGAUGGAAUUACUGGACCAGUUUGACAAUGAAAGGAAGGAAUGGGAAAGCCAAUGGAAGAUCAUGCAGAAGAAGAUAGAGGAGCUUUGUCGUGAAGUAAAGCUUCGGAGGAAAAUCAACAUGAAUGAACGUACUAAGGUCAUUGAUCUUGAUCGUGAGAAGGCCAUUCAGGAUAAAAUGGUGGACUCUCCUCCAGAUUACCCCGAUUCAGGACAAUGUGACUUUACAAGAAUGGAUUAUAGGGAUGGUCUGGAGAAAGAAAGUAAAACAGAGCAGAGCUUACUCAGUGAAAGAAAUCAAAUGUGUAAGGAACAAAAAGCAACAAAAAAAUCGAAAGUAGAAUUUAUGGAUCCUUUGGCCACAGACAACCAGAAGGAAGGUGAGGCCUGGCCUGACCUGAGGACUUCUGGGGAAGAGAGCAAGGGCUGUUCUGGUGCCCUCAACACAGCUCUUGAAGAACUUGCCAAAGUUAGUGAAGAAUUAUGCAGCUUUCAAGAGGAAAUUCGAAAACGGUCUAACCACAGAAGGAUGAAGUCAGAUUCUUUUCUCCAGGAAAUGCCAAAUGUAAUUAAUAAGCCUCAUGGAGACCCGGUGAUCAACAAUGGCCAGUGCAUUCUUCCAAUCUGUUUAGAAAAAGAAAAGCAGAAAAAUAAAAAGAAUCUGAGCUGUACCGAUAUGCUCCAAAGCAGUAUUACAAAAAAAUGUGGAAUUGAUACAAUUGAUCUGCAAAGAAAUGAAACUCCACCAGUUCCUCCUCCAAGAAGCACAUCUCGAAAUUUCCCCAGCUCAUUUUCUGAACAAGCCUAUGAAAGUCUGAAGGAAAGAUUAGAUCACAAUAGUCAGGUGGCCCAUGAGGGUCAAGAUGAAAGGAACUACAGUCCUCAUUUCCUUAUGAGGCAUGAUGAGAUGCCUACAUUGUGUCUAAAUGAAGGGAAGACUUUGAAAGAUGGUGUUAUGUUUUCUUCUUUGGCACCAGAAGCCAAAAUAGGUAACAAACCUCCAUGUAAUGAAAAUGUUGGACUUGGCAUAUGGUCAUGUGACACUGUGAUAGGUGGGAAAAAUAGCCCCUCUACCUUGUGGUUUCAGAAAACCUGCUCUACCCUCAAUAAGUCAAAACAUGAAACAACAAUCCUAGAUCACCCUGCUAAGUCUCAUCCUGACCUUCACAUAAGUAAUGAUUGCAGUUCCUCAGUGACACAGAGCAGUAGCCCACCUAGAAGUUUCAGUUGUGGCUUUGAAUGUACUACUAGGAAUGAAAAGCUGGCAGCUAAGACUGAUGAAUUUAAUAGAACUGUAUUUAGAACAGAUAGAAAUUGUCCUGCAAUACAGCAAAAUCAAAGCAACUCAGAAUCAUCUCAAGAUCUUAAGCCCUGUAAUACCUUAGUUAUAGGUAACAUACCGGAAAAUGACAGUGUGUCUGAUAUUCUGAAAACCAGUGCCCAAAUGCCUGUGCCUAGGGAAAAUGUACCUGCUGAUUCCACCAAAAAAUCCACACUGGGCCUAGUCAGACAAAUGCAGGAACACAUAAGUCCUAGCAGUUACAGGAAUAUGCUCCAUGAGCAUGACUGGAGACCAAGUAAUUUGUCUGGCCGACCAAGAUCAGCUGAUCCUAGAUCAAAUUAUGGUGUUGUGGAAAAGCUCCUGAAAACCUAUGAGACAUCAACAGAGUCUGCAUUGCAAAAUUCUAAAUGCUUCCAGGAAAACUGGACCAAAUGUAAUUCAGAUGUCAGUGGUGGGACCACAUUAAGUCAACAUUUAGAAAUGCUCCAAAUAGAACAAGAACUUCAGCAAAAGACAGCUACGUGUGGGGCACAGCAAGUGAAGCAAGGAGUUGAUUGGAGAAAGAUGACAGAGGACUCCAUGGCAGUUAAAUCCUCACAUGGAAAAGGAUUUUCCCGACCUGCUAGACCAGCAAACCGCCGUCUCCCAUCCAGAUGGGCGUCGAGAUCUCCUUCGGCACCCCCCGCCUUGCGGACAACUGCCCACAGCUAUGCUUUUUCUCUGAGAUCCGAAGCAUCAAUGGUCUGAGUCUCUAGCCUGGAUUGCUAGUUUACAGAAGUCCCAAUUGCCAAAAAGAGUAUUCUGAGUGUUUACAGCCAAUCCUGUCUCUUCUAUAUAUUUCAAGAUCCCUGGAACAAACAAUUUAAAUCUUAACUUCCCAUCAGUCUUCAGUGUUUUUAAUCUCUGGAAUAAUUAUCUUCCUAUAUGUUGAUUUCUUAGAUCAGAAGUUUUUAAUGUCAUCCUCAUUAAUUUGCCAAUAUGAUUUAAGUAGAAACAAUGUACUAUAUUGUAUAUUCUAAUCUUUCUUGCAAGUGCAGAAAGCCAGGUUAUGUGCAUGGCAUGUGUUUGUAUGUGCAUGUGUUGAAAUAGAAGUACCCUGUAUGUAUUUAGGUAAGAAAACUUAUGUGCUAGUGUUGACUUUGAAAUUAUAACAUGUAUACCUAUAUAUUCUUCGUGUUUAUUUAAAAAUUUUGAAAAUAUACAGUACUAUUUAUAUUUUGUAUACCUUUUCAUAGGUAUCCACUUAAGACAUUUGAGGUACGUAUAUUAAUUCACCACUUCCUUGGCCCCGAUUCUUGAAAAAUAAGAAUUACACAUAUAUCUAACAGUGGAAGAUUUCUAUAUAUAACACAUAAGUAGUUCUUAAUCCAUAUAAGGAUAAUACCAUUGAUUUCCUGUUUUACUCUUUUAAAUUAAAAAAAAGAGUCACAGUUUUGAACAGAAUCAGCCUUCUAAAGCAAACAAAAUGUUCACAAAACGCUUUUCUAUCUCACUUGGUAGUCUGCUAUGGCUUUAACUGUACAACUUGAUCCUCAGAGCCAGGAUCAUGAGACUGCCUUAUAAACACAUACUAAACUUAAAAAAAUAAAUUUAUUUUGUCAAUUUCAGUAACAAACAUUCUUUCAAAUGGGAUAUAAAAAAUAAAUUACGUUAAAUUCUACUUUUUUGUUAAAAUUGUAGCAAGCUUUAGUUCAGCUACUUUAUUUGGACUCAUAUAUAUUUAGAGGUAAGUUGUUUACUUUUUCCUUUUUCUAACCUUUUUCCUAAAAUUAGCAGAUAAAGGACUAAUUUACUUUUUUAUGAACAAGGAAGAUCAGGAAUGAUAUUUCAUUAGAGUUGAAUUAUAAUAUAUUUCUUAUAAUGUGCUACAUAAAAAAGCCUUAAACUAAACUUUGGUACCCAUGAGUAGCAUAAGGGACAGAAACAUGUAUUUUGGCCACAAUUUGCAUACAGUGAACCCAUAAAAUUUGUAUUGAGAACUGACAGAAAUAUGAAUGUUGAGGUACUUGGAAUUCUACAUGGAAGAUCUUAGAAGUAACUUUGUUCUCCAUUGUCUCUCUAUAAAACCAACUAUGUUAUUAGAUAUUAAGUCUAUUUAAGCUUUUAUUACCAAAAAGGUUAAGAAUUUCUUAUCACAAAAGUAUUCAAAGAGCUUUGUCCUUAUGAUAUAUUCUAACAAUUUAGAGAAAUUAUCAUCAUAAUACACCAUGAGUUGAGGUAAAGUAAAUCAUUUCCAAAUCCCAGACUGCCUUACAAGGCUCAAGACUGUUGCAUGAUGAUAGACCGAUUAUACUUUCUGCUAAGGAGAGUUUCCAGGAGUUGAGCUGAAUUAAACUUUUUAAAAUGUGAGGUUGGAGCAGAUGGUAAGUAGGAGUUAUAUAUAGGUCCACUCUUUUAAUACUUGUUUCUUUUAGAAAUAUCCUUUUCCAUAGGAAGUCUGAUCAGAGAAAAGUAACCGAGAUACCAACCAAGUGAUGUCACUCAUAUAACAUGCAUUUCACCUAGAAGGGAGAAAACACCAGGGAGAUGGUAGCCUGUGGCAUAAAAUGAUGUAUUUGUAAGGAAGAUGCUGCUGUGGAACAUUAGAGAACCUGCCCAAGAACUAUGCGACAUACCUGUUCCUAUCUGUCACUGUAUCUCAGGAAGUCUGAUGUAGAUCUGCGGUUCUGACCUUUCACUACAGGUCAGAAUAUUGAGGACCCUUUCACAAAAUUAGAUUACUGAUCUCCUCCCACAAUUACUAAAGCUGAAUUUCCAGGGUGGAGAGUGGGAAUCUGUAGUCUUUAAUAAAAGAAAACAGAAGCAAAAUAUUUGAUGAUUAGGGAGAUGAGGAAACAGUGACAUUGACACCCAAAUGGAUGGGUACUGUUGGGUAGUCAUGUUACUUCCCUAGGACUUGCCUUUAUCUGUAAAAAAGGUUAUAUAUCAGGCACCACAAUUUAAGCCAUGCUUUCUAUUACCAAUUGAUUUAAACAGUGUGACACAUUUUCACAUAUUCUUAAAAUCAGAAUAUUAGAACUGAGAAAACUUAGCAUCUAGUCCAACUCCUUGAUUGUAAAGAUGAAGAAUCUAAAAGACUAUUUGAAUGUUCUGUUUUCUCUUUUAGAGUAUUUUAUAAAUUUUUAUGGAGAAACCUAUCAGGUAAAUGGAAAUUACCCUUGAAAAUAUUUUUUGAUGUUGUGAUUUUUAAUCAGUAGUUUUCUACUUUGGAUGGGCGUGUUCUUCCCAACACGAUACCCUUCAUUAUUUCCUCAUUGCUAGAUCUAAAGGAUUUGUAACCAUUUCAGAAAUAUUUGAUUAGAAACGCUUAUGAAGUUUUCCCUAGCAGACUUUUGGGGUAAAGUAUAUUAUUUCAAUUGAGGAUUACUGAUAUUAUGGGCUAUCUCAGAAAGGAAUCAAAAUGAGGCAGAGAAGAAUGCUUGAGUUGCUGUGCGUGUGCGUGCGUGCCUGCGUACACACAACCUUUGCCUGAUUUCUCUAUAUUGCCUUAUGUCACAGCCAAACAUAAAAAUAUAAAUGAUGUUUGCAAAAUUCAGUUUAUCAAAAAUUAUCUAUAACUUUAAUUUGUUUUUAUAUAGACAAUGAAGAUGACCAGAUAAUAUCAUGCACAAAAUAUGAAUUACUUCUACUUAGAGGAUUUAGCUAGACUCCAUGUUAUUCUGAGAAAACUUCUGGACCUAAAAAAGAGAAUCUGCUUCCCUACAAAGAUUUUUAAAAAUUAUUUUAGGCACAUGCUGACAAACCACUACUUGAUACUGAAAUCUCCUUCAGUCAUUGGAAGUUAUCAAAUAAAAUAGGUGUGGAAAUACCUGCUGUGGCAUCUGUAUACAUUGAGAACAUUUUUAUAUUUCUUUUUCUCUACAGUUGAUCUCCAGUAAAGCUGAGAGUUUGCGAAGUCUAAACCCAAAUAUGUAUACAGUUCAACCUAGCUUCUCCUAAAAUACAUUUUUUUUUCAUUUCAAUCUUUGCAAGAAAUUUUGCGUUGCAAUUAAUUCAGUAAAGGAUUCUCUGAGUUAAUAAUAUCUGGAGUGAAUUAGUUAAUUUUUAAUGAAAGCCAAAGGACCAUUUUCAAUAUUUUAAAAAGGAAGUUACAUGUAGGAGUAAAAGGGGGCAAUAGUUAAUAUUCAGAAGGCAAAUCACUGGGAAUAAAGAUUCUUCCUAGGAAAUCCCAGGCAAGGAGAGAGGAGCUGAGACCAGGCAUGUCAUCUCGUUAAAAAGGAAGCUGGUGGUGGAGUAGCCCAGGAAGCCAAAGCUAAAUGAAUUCAUGACAUAUCAACUCACUAAAAGCAAACACUAGACCUUCCCAGGCAACUUCAGGGCCUUGGCAAAGCACAUCAAUGACUCCAGGGUGGACCAUGCCCAGGGGUCAGGCAGGUGGUCAUCCUCAAGGAGAUUUUUUUCAUUAGGCAGCUGAGACCAGACACUGGGUCCAGGACCAGAGUAGGAAUGAAGUAUCCAGGGAAGAAAACCGGCAAAAGCAAGAUGUUAGGUCCAGAAGCCCCUUCCUGGGAUCCAACACCUAGGAAAGGUAAGAGAUAACAGCUAAAGAUAGGGAGGGAAAUUUCCAUUGGAAAUAGGAAUGGAGGGGUCGUCACCAGCAAGCACGUCAUAUCUUUAUUGAAGCUGGGAUCCAAGAAGACUUGUAUAGGAAGUGAAGGACCCAUUUGUAGGCAACUAGGAGUGUAAUCACCAGAAAACUGAAAUAAAUGGAGGAUCAGUGCAACUUGAGCUGUCAUCUGGGAUAUUUUUAGGAACUAGAAUUGAUAGGAGACCAUCAGAGGACCUAACUUUGAGGGAUUUAAAAGAACAAUGAUGAGGUAUGGUCUCUUGAUUUCAAUUUCCACUUACUGUCAUUUUCUUGUGACUCUAUUACCAGAAUCUAAAAUUUUAUCUAGAUAAUGGGAUAAAUAAAAUAAGCCAUCUAUACCUUCAUAUACCAUAAGAGCUUUCAUAAGAGCGAAAUUAGAUACCCCAGAAAUAUAAAGUGACAUUUUCUACAAUAAAAGUAAAAAAUAGACACAAACAGUAAGACCAUUUUUACAAGAACAUAGAAAAAUCACACAAAAUUGUGUAUAUGAAGUGGGAGAGCAUAAGGAAAACCCAAAUUGCGUCUGAGAACAAUAUAGAGUCAAGAAAAAUGCAAUGUACUUAUAACUGAAAAAGGUUAAAAUCAACUGCUCUGAGCUCUGUCUGAAUGAAAAGGAAAUGGGCAGCAUGGAGCUGAGGAAAUGUACCCCAAGAGCAAGAAUAUCCAGUGUUGAUCCACUGCUGUCCAGUGGAAAAGACAAGGGUCUGAGAAUAUGAAAUUUCUGGCCACAGGACAAUUCCAUGUCACCAAGCAGGAGGUUCCCCAAGCCUGUCCUGUAUCACAUAGAUAUUCCUCAAGGUUACCCAAUUUCAUCUGCUCACUUUUCCCACACUCAAGCAGACUUCUGAGUCUAACUACCUAGAUAUUUGGAGAAGUAAGCAUCUAGACCAGUGUUUCUUGAAUGUUUCCAGAAAGUUUUCUAAUAGCAAAGAAAAGAAAUAACUAUCCAGAGGUCUCUGAUGGUGUCUAAAAUUCUUCGAAUCUGGAGGGUUUUAACUUGAAAAAUUUUAUAGUACUUAAUCAGAGAUUUUUGUCUUCUUUGUUCACUGAUUAUGCCAACCACUUAGAAAAGUGCUGUCAGAUAGUAGGCACAGUAAAUAUUUGUUGAUGAGUUAACAGAAUUUUAAAAUGUUUUAAUCGUGCUAUCAGGAAAAACAAAGGACAUUUUCCUCUUCUUUAAUUACAGCUGGACUGAAUUUACUUAUCUCGUAAAAUUGAGCCAACCUGAAUUUACAUUGUAUAGGAAUUUCUCUUCUUGUCAUAGAGUCACUAUAUUUUGAGAAUGUUAAUCUACUUAAAUAUGUGCAUGCAAACUGAAAUCGUUUUUUUGUUUGUUUGUUUUUUUACUGUUUUUGCAAAUUUUAUAAGCAUAAUCCGUAAGGCAAGAUGACCAGAACACUACCAAAGAGAUAACUGGAAUUUUUGAGACAACUACUGGAAGAAAUUCUGUUAAGCAUCUUUUAGUUGAAAAAUCAUGGACAGCCCAGCCCUCUUUGUCCUCAUUGGAAGCACAAUAAACCAUCACUAACAACCCAAUUUCAGCUAUCAAAGAUGAGCGGAGAAGGAAUACUUGGUGAAUCUCACAUUGCUUUCAAUUAUGCUUUGAAACCUUAAUGAACACUUGUGAUAAUUUUAUACUCCUGUGGAGAAAUGGAUUGCUCAACCUCAUAAUAGAAAGGAUACUUGACCAGGCAUAAUGAAGAGACAAAGUAUAAGAACUACACGGCACUCUCAAGGAUUUCAGGAUGUCGAUGAAGAAAGGACGUUUACACAUAAAAUGGACUUUGAACAUUUUCUGAGGCACAAUGUUGUUUCUCAAAAGCCUUGAGAUUCCCAGGAAACGGGGAAGAGGCAUGGCAGAGAGGACGUGAAGAGCAUAACAGUGACAACUGGUUUGGCGUCUAUGGGGUGAGGCUUUGAGACAUAAUAAUAGCCUCAGAUGUAGGGUUAGGGAACACUGCUUUUUUUGUCUUUCUUUUCCAGGUCAGAACUAAAAUAGUUAGCUUCCAACUUCCUGAGGCAACAGAAUAAAGGUCUGUACCAUUGAUACUUUCUCCAACAGAACUUUGCUCCUCUUCGAAAAUUCUCUGUCAGUGAAGCAUUGGGAGAAUCUUGGGGUUUGAAAGUCUCAUUAAAAUUGUUCUUUGAAUACUACACCAAAUACUUUUAUAACAAUAUAUGGAAGAAAAACACACCAGGAUGAAUAAGAUUAAUUAGUAUUCUGAAAAUGUUCUCAACACUUAAAUAAUUGGAGAUAAAUAUUAAGGCCAUAUAAUAGAAAGUUAUCUUUUCAGUUAUUCCUUUCCUUCCAUUCUCUGAUUCCAAAUUUCUUGCUAUUUUAAGAGCAUGAAAGGUUUAUUUAUUCUUACAUGGAUCUUGAAUAGUUUGUUUAGUCGAUACCCAUGGAUAAGAUUAUAAUUUCUAUGAAAUUAUUUGACUCUCAUAAUUAAAAAACUAUCAUCACUGCACCAGGUCGACCUUAUUUAUUGAGCUUCUGUGCACCACCAAUUUAGACAUCAUAGAAACCUGGUACUUUGCCCUCAAGUAUUGAAAUUUGAUUAUAGAGAAAAAUACUCAUACCUUUAGAAGCAUUUCCGAAGUUAGUAGUCAACUGUAUUGCAAUAGCACAAAUUAAAUACACACAUAUAAAAUAAAAUUAGAGUGGAAAUGGCAGACUGGCCAGGUUAAAUAAUAACUUUCUGACUAUAGAUGGUGCCCACAUCCCAGCCAGCAGAUGGAGACUUUUUCAAAGUCCCAGGCUUUGCCAAGCCCCAUUCUACCUAGAAGAAAUAGGUCAUCCUUUUUCAGUCUGACAAAAACCAUGGUCAGAGUGCCAGUCUGGAAGAAAAAAAAAAAAAAAGGGAAGUCUCUAACACAGUAACUCAAAAUUUUCAGAGGAAUGAAGAAAUUUCUCUAGAUUCAUAAAAAUCCAUUAGAAGAUUAAGUUUCUUUAACAAACCAAAAGAUUUAAAAAAAAUGCUCUUUAGCAAAUCAAAAGAUAAAAAAAAAAUGCUAAGUAUAAUCAUCAGAGAAUAAAAGACCUCAUUUAUGUCAUUCAACAAAUAUUUAUCGAGUAUCUGGCCAGGGACUGUUGUAGGUCUUGACAAGUAUAGCUAUGAGCAAAACUGAUCAAAUCCCUUCCCUCAAUGCUUAGAGACUACUGGAAGAAGAGAAAACAAACAAAUAUAUAAACAAUAGAUAUAAGAUGCCACAUGAUGAUAUAUUGGGAAAUGAAAUAGAAAGAGGAUAGGGUGCAGUGGAGUGGGAUUCCAUUGAAAUAGCAUGACGAGGCAGUCCUCAUUGAGAAGAUGUUAUUUGAGCAAAGAUCAUAAGAAUGUGAGGGGAUGAACUCUAUAGAUAUCUGGGGGAAAGAGUAUUCUAAGUAGAGGGAAUAAGUGCAAACGUCCUGAGACAGCAGUAUAUCCUAUGUGUUGGAGGCACAGCAAAGAAGCCAAUGUGACUAGAGAGGAAUGAGCAAGGGAAAAAGAAAUAGAAAAGAAACUAGAAGGGUAAUGAGGAGCGGGUUGCGUAAGGCCCUCUAGGGUGUUAAAGACUUAGGCUUCCACUCCAAGUAAAUAGAAAACCACUUCAGGGCUUUAAACCAUGGAGUGAUAUGAUCUUACACAUGUUAUACUCUGCUUGCCAUAUUGAAAAUUUUGGUUAAAAAUCUAAACAUGUAAUUCUUCACCUUGAAAACAAGGAGUUUGUAAAAAUAUUAUUUAUCAGCCAAAAAUAGAAAUGCCUUGUCCUUUGUACAAAAAGGGCUAAUUCAUCCUCAUUUGAGCAUUUGGCUGAAAAAUGGUGCCGGGGCUGGAACAGAUCCAUCCACCCUCUCUCUCUUGGCCAUCCUUAUGACUAUUUGUACAUACUGAAGUGCCAGCUGGUCAGGAUUAAUUACUCGUUCCCACACUGGAAAGUGAAAGGAAGAUGUAGGCCUCAGGAACUUAGCAAGUACAAGUUGCACUACUUGUCUCUCCUCCUGCACCCAUUAAUCAACUUACUCUCAGCAAAUAAGCAGUAUUUUUAUUAAUCAAAAUAAGAUUUCUUUACUUCAAUUACUUUCUCUAAAAAAUAUA